UGAGCGUGCGCCCUAAGCAAUGGCCUCUGCCAGUUAACGCACAUGGCGUCUCCAGGAUGAGCAGAAGAGCGAUCUAUUCCCUCGUGUUAUUGUCGGCUGGCGGAAAACGGACGACGAUGCUGCUAUGGCCGUAGCUUUGUGAGACAUGCAAGCAAAGAAACGCUACAUUUUGGUUCUCAUGAGCUGCGCCUUCCUUGUCCUGUGUUACUUCGGCGCCUUUCGAUUACGGCAACAUGGCGGCGAACGUUCCGAACCGAAGAAGUUACGUUCCUACACGGAAGGACCGGGCGAACUUCGAUUCUACCCGGACGAAGACCUCAUCGUAUCGCCAUCCCAGCGACGCAGCGAAAGACGCGCGUCCCACAAAUCGGCCAAUUGCACCCUCUACACGUGUUUCGACCUCUCGCGCUGUCAGAAGGAUUUCAAAGUGUAUGUUUAUCCUGUGGAAGAGCCGAUCUCGACUACGUACCAGAAAAUACUGAAUGUGAUCCGGGAUUCGCGUUAUUUCACAUCAGAUCCUAGUCAAGCUUGUUUAUUUGUUCUGGGCCUCGACACACUGGACCGGGACAACCUUAGUCCCGAUUAUGUGUCGGAUUUACAGGCCAAAUUGGAUCAAGUCAAAUACUGGAAUAACGGUCGUAAUCAUGUGAUAUUUAAUCUGUACUCCGGUACCUGGCCGGACUAUGCCGAGAAUCUUGGAUUUGACAUCGGCGAGGCGAUACUAGCCAAAGCCAGUAUGUCCACGGCCAAUUUCCGACCCAGGUUUGACGUUUCCAUUCCAUUGUUUUCAAAAACUCACCCGGAGAGAGGGGGUGAAAGAGGUUACGUCGGGUCCGGCGAUUUGCCGGCCACCAAAAAAUAUCUGUUAGUGUUUAAAGGAAAGCGAUAUCUUUAUGGUAUCGGAUCCGAAACUCGUAAUGCCUUGUACCACCUCCACAAUGGAAAGGAUAUUAUUCUACUGACGACAUGCAAACAUGGAAAAAAAUGGAAGGAAUUGAAAGAUCCACGUUGCGAGCUUGAAAACAAAGAGUAUGACAGGUACGACUACCAGGUUCUGCUGGAGAAUGCAACGUUCUGCCUAGUACCUCGGGGUCGUCGCCUGGGCUCAUUCCGCUUCCUGGAGGCACUCCAGGCGGGCUGCGUGCCCGUCCUUCUGAGCAACGGCUGGGAACUGCCCUUCAGUGAUGUCCUGCACUGGGACAAGGCCACCGUCUGGGCAGACGAGAGGCUAUUGUUGCAGGUCCCUGAAAUGAUCCGAUCCAUUCCGCCCACGAAAGUGCAUUCCUACCGUCAGCAGACGCAGGUCCUCUGGAACAACUACUUCUCCUCUGUGGAGAAGAUAGUCAGCACCACUUUUGAAAUUAUCCGGGAACGAGUGCGUAUUCCCGCGCAGCGCAGCUCGUAUGUGUGGAACAGCCAUCCAGGAGCAUUGCCCAUCUUGCCCCAAUUUUCGGACGUGCUGAGAGACUUCCCUUUCUACCUGAACCACUUGGCGCAGACGCCUCACGCCAAGUUCACUGCCGUCAUUUACGUUUCCAUGGCCGCACAUUCAUCGCCGCUCCUGCGACUUCUCAAGACGGUCGCCAAAUCGGCCUACGCGGCAAGGAUUGUUGUCAUUUGGAACAGUGAGACAGUCCCUGCAUCUUCUGUGAAGUGGCCUUCAUCUCCUAUCCCCAUCAACGUCAUACAGGCCCAGCACAAGACAAUCAGCUCCAGAUUUUUUCCACAUCCUCUAAUCCAAACUGAUUCUGUUUUGAGCUUGGACGAAGACGUUCUUCUAACGACAGAAGAGGUGGAUUUCGCCUUUCGAGUGUGGCAGUCGUUUCCUGAGCGAAUAAUCGGCUACCCUGCCCGAUCCCAUUUCUGGGAUGACAGCCGAAGUUGCUGGGGCUACACCUCCAAGUGGACCAAUGAUUAUUCUAUCGUCCUGACCGGGGCGGCCUUCUAUCACAGGUAUUAUCACUUCUUAUACACUCACUUCUUGAGUCAUCUCCUUCACAAGAUCGUCGACCAAUCCCAGAACUGCGAGGACAUCCUGCUCAACUUCCUAGUCAGUCACGUUACUCGUCUGCCCCCCAUCAAAGUCACGCAGCGUAAGCAGUACAAGGAGACGAUGCUGGCCGGAGGGGGCCGCAGUUACCCUUCUCCCUGGAACGAUCCUGACCACUUCGUCCAGAGACAGACUUGCAUCAACGCCUUCGCCAAGGUCUUCGGCUACAUGCCGCUGGUCCGGUCCAAUACUCGCCUGGACCCCGUCCUCUUCAAAGAUCCGGUUUCGAAUCUCAGGAAGAAGUACCGACGCAUGGAAAUUGCCGGCAGCUAGUGACGAGGGCAACUCGAGAGACUUUAAUUUUGAAUUAGCCAUGGCAUUGAGUUCGCGCUGACACUUUUCGUCACUUGCAGAACUUGCCAUGCUGAAAAACUGUCACUGGCCUCUGAGUUGCCGGCAGCUAGUGAGAUCUCUGGCAGAGAGAAACACGAGACUCUUUUCUUGCAUUUUGCCAUGGCAAGGAAUCCAACUGGUCUUGGGAUUGGAAUGUUCAUGGUCAUUGUUUAGAAAUGGUUGAAUGUCUGAAGCACCAUUUUCUUAAAUUAAGAACGACCGUUGUUGCAUUAGUUGCUGGUAGCAGUUCGCUUAGUGGUUAUUGGUCAAAAUUGUUUUGGCUCAUGAUUUUAUGUCUUGAAGAUGAACCCUAACCCGUUUGCGGAGAGCUUUUCAACAGUUGCCAUGCGGGGAGUUUGUGCUGUUCUAGUUCGGAACUUACCAACCUCACACUUUAAUAAUGAUCACAAUAAGAUGUUCUAAGGAUUCCAAGACAUUAUUUACAGCUGUUCUGUAGGGGACGAUAUCGCUCAGGUUGACUUAUUGAUGACAGUCGUGCUCACUUUGAUUAGAUUCAGCGCUUGUUUGCUAUGGCCAAUGGUUGGGUCAUUGAAAUUUUCAAUGACCAGUUUGGUCUGUAGCAAGUAUUGCCACACUGAGCACUUGCUGAUUAUCGAUAGAACUUGUUAUAAAACUGAUACAAAAGCUAUCGAGUCCAGAUUUUUCUUUUUCACUUGACCGUGCAUCUUAAAUUCUGACAACUUUCGAUUCUUAAUACGAUACACCCGCAGCAUGAAUAUAACUUGAAAAUGUGACGUGUUAUUCCACCAUUUCUAGUUUCUUUUUUUGAAAAUAUUUUACGCUGUAACAGAGAGACUCAACAGCGCUGCUGACUGUAUAUCGUAAGGACACGAAAUGUUGUCAGAAGCAUAUGAAGAGCUUCUAGGAUGAUGAUGAUAACCGUUUCUUCGCUUUACUAUUUUAAUUGUUGGCUGUGUUGUAAAUUUUUCUUCUAGUGUUACUAUGGACAAGCUAUGUUCUAACUAUUUUUCAUUGUUCCAUCCCAGUUUGAUUAAUAUUGUAUGUUCUCUGUGAAUAUUUAUUCUUCGCAUUAACUUUUAAGACUAACAUUUUUUUUAUUAACAGAUUUGAAUUAAUAUAUAAAUAACUUUUUUGCAUUUUUUAUUAACGUAAACAUAGUUAUUCUGGUAAUUCAUGGAUUUAUGCGACUGAUAUAUAAAGCUACUUGUUAUUUAAGUUGUUAAUAUUAUUUUAAUUUUUAUUGAUUAUUUAUUAUUCAGAUUAUAUUUUGAAGUUAAAAUUAUAUGUGGAAACCAUCCAUAUGGAUGCACUCGCAAGAAAAUGAAAGAUUUUUUUUGAUAUAUUUUGACUUUUUUUUUAUACCCAAAUUAAAAGAACUGUUUUUAAAUUCCUUCUUUUAUAAAAUGUUACUAUAAAAAAUAUCGAUAUAAUCGAUUGGCUUGUAAAGUUUUACUAACUUUUCUCAAAAAUCACAAGUUACAUUUUAUAUAACUAGAAAUAAAUAAUUUUUUUAAUUAAAGUUUCUUUCUUUUGUUUUUGUAUCAGCAGUAUAAUGUGUAAAUUCUGAAUUUUUAGAA